AGGGCGAAAUAUAGUCAUUACAAAGCUCAAGUAUGAUACUUAACCAACAUUUCCUGAUAGAGUUAGCAUAACAAUGUUCGACCCACUCCAUAAAACCCCCAUUGUCUCUGCCCUAUCUUUCAAAAAUCACCCAUAGAGACGACAUUUAUGGCGCGCAGCUUUUUUAUUUGACAUUUUAUACAAGUUUAUUCAAACAUAAUGAUAGCAUCACAGACGUUAUCUUUCUAUGCAGCGUUACCGCGAGCUCGGGUCUGAUAGCAUCUCGGGCCAGCCAAUGCUAGUUAAACCAACCUGAUAAGGAAUCGGGCGCGCUAGUGUGGGUCGCCGUGCACACACGCCAGCGCGGCGCUGUGUGCGUGGAGGGGAGUCCGCGCGGCAGCCAGUCACUCAGUUUACGCGGGAAAAGCAUGACGGUGCGAACGAAUAUUCGGUCUGUUGAAGACAAUUGUAGUGUUUAAAAGUGUUUCUGUAGCUUCUGUGAUGUUAUUGUGGCUGAGGUACCUGAAACAGCUGGAGCUGGCGUGCGCCGGUGCACCGCCAGGCGGCGCUGUCGACGUCAAAACAAUGUGUGAGGACGAGGAAUGGGGAAACGAGAGCGAGGCUAUGCCAGGAGAACCUCGCACGCCGAGCUCGGGGGGAGAGCGGGCCGCAUCGAGCGGCGGCGCGUCGCCCGCGUCGGCAUCGGCGGGCUCCCCGGCCGCCUCGCCGCCGCGCCUGCGCCUCAACACGAGCCUCGCCACUGACCCCGCGCUAGCGCCCUCCGCCACGCCCGUCAAGCGCGAGCUCCCGUCGCCCUCUCCCCCGCCGCCGCCUGCGACGACGCAAGCGCAAGCCAGGGACUACCUCGCUCUAACAGCGGCGGCGUUCCCUGCACUCUUUCCGGUCGCUCCGACCGGCUACAUGUGCCAGCCAUGCGGCAUCCGCUAUUCUUCUCUAAGCACACUGCAAGCGCACCAGGAACACUACUGUUCGAACAGGCGGCCGAAGCCUUCGGAAUCUGUGGAACCAGGCGCUGAUGCCGCAGGAGAUGAAUCCAGUAGCGAUGCGAAGACUCCGAGACGUACAGGAAAGCAAUAUGCUUGCACCUACUGCUCGUAUAGCGCUGAUAAGAAAGUCAGCCUUAAUAGACAUAUGCGCAUGCAUUCUUCAUCUCCAGUCAGCAGCGGGACCCCUGCCCCGACCCCGACUUCUAACGGGGAAGCUACCGAAGGCCAACCGUCGCCCGACCGGUACUGCACGGACUGUGAUAUAAGGUUCAGCUCGAUCCAGACGUUUAGAGCUCAUAAAACACAUUACUGUAGCACGAGACAGGUGGUGAAACCUGCUGCACCUUCAGCGAGAGGAAGUUCUGUUACCUCAGGGUCUGCGCCUCCAUCCCCUGGAGCCACACCGCCCGCUCAGAACCAAUAUGCGCUAGCCCUGCCUACUAAUCCUAUACUCAUCGUCCCGUACUCACUGCUGCGGGGCGCGAGCACCCUCCCGGGCACAACUCUACCUGAUCCAGACACACCGUGCUUUUUACUGCCAAACGGCACAUUUCAACCGCUCAGCCGGGCUAUACCAAAUAUGAAUUCAGAUGGAAAAGAUGCCGAAGUUUUAAAGUCAGCCAAUCGGCCUCGGGACUCUUUAAAAGAUGGUGGUACCCCUUUGGAUUUAAGCGUGCGGCGGACUCCUGAAUCAGUGGGUACUGAUGAGCAUGAGAAGGAAAAUAGGCUGCGAUCCGCGACGCCAGAACAGAUUGUUUGCGCACCCUCGCUUCCAGGGUCUCCAGGCACGCCGUCGCCACAGCGUCGAUCAUCAUCUCCUACUGGAGAGAGCUCACCAAAGCGCCGACGAAAAGACCCCAGAGGGCCAACGCCAAAACCCCCAAGUGUGUCCCCGCCAGAGGGCAAAUUCAUCCCUGUACCGCCUGUAAUCCUGCCGCCAGCCCUGGCCAUGCGUCUAGCCUCAGAACUGCCUCUGGCAGCCGCUUCCCCACAAGUUCUAGUCAAGCAAGGCGUGUCUAAAUGCAAAGAAUGCAACAUCGUCUUCUGCAAAUACGAGAAUUAUCGCGUGCAUAAGCAACACUACUGUAACUCGGGCGGCGACGAGCGGGUAAGCCCUGCGCCUCCGGAGCCUGGACCACCGCCUCAGUACCGCCAGCUUUACUGUUUGGCUUGUGGGAUCCACUUCAGUUCUUUAGACAACUUGGCAACGCAUCAGAGCUACUACUGCACAAAGCGCGAGACGCGCUCACCUCGGUCUGUUCCUGAGGCUCCUAGGCCCGCAUCUGGAUCGGAGGGAGGAUGGAAAUGUCCAUGCUGCGAUGUGGUAUCGCCGACAGCGGCGGCAGCGCAGCGCCAUAUGGAGGCACACGCAGGCGUCAAGGCCUUCCGCUGUACCAUCUGCCGUUAUCGCGGCAACACACUGCGCGGGAUGCGUACCCACAUACGAAUGCACUUUCCGAAGAAGCCUGCUGAUUUGCAGGAGGAGAGCUACAUAGCCUGCGUGGUCGAGGAAGACAGCCGCGAAACCACUUCCCCCGCCCCCGCCGUAGGGGAGCGCGUGCACCGCUGCAGCUCCUGCGCCUACACCUCCACCUACCGCGGCAACGUCGUCCGCCACGCCCGCCUAGUCCACGCCACCGACGAGCCAGAGCCAGAGGAAACCUCCCCCAUCCCCGCCGUCGACAUCAAAAAAGAACCGGCUGACACAGAAGAAGAAACACCCAACUACUGCAAAUCUUGCGAUAUUUCGUUCAAAUAUGUCAACACCUAUAAAGCCCAUAAGCAGUUCUAUUGCACGGCAAAUAACCAGGAUGCCGCGGCAAAUAAUAACGUGCCGGCGGCGCUGCCAACCGCGCGGGUUAACGAAGUGCUUUGAACGUUGCGUUUGAUCUGAAACUUUCUAGGGUUGAGGUGAUUAUCGUAUGGAUUAGAAUAGAAUAGACCAGUCAUAGAUAGGUCUUUGAAAUUUAAUGUAGUGUCAUUAUCGAGUAGCGACUCACUCUUGACGCAACUGUAUGUUAAAGGGAUAUUUCAAUUUGUAAUUACAUCUUUUUAACUUAUAUCAGCGUUAUUCUCUGCAGAGUUGCAACUCGAUUGCGCUUGAUUAUAAAAAUAAGUGAUCGUAUAUAAAACUUUUGGAUCUAUAUUAUAUCAUGUGCAAUAAUUGAAAUAAUCGAUAUAUUAUACUGCAUAUCUACGCCAAAUUUAACGGUUUGAAUUUAAUUUGAUUGGACAUAACGGCUUAUGUAAAUAGCUCUCAAUAUAUAGUUUUUUUUGUUAUUGUUAUGUAAAAUUAAAGUUAAUCGUGUAUGUAUUAGUUAACGUUAAAAACUACCAAAUUGUAAAUAUUAAAGUAUGUGUAAAGAUAUUAUUACAUCAUAACGAAAUUUUAUUACCAUUUGUUCUAAGCAUUUAUUAUUAAUUUGUUGUUAAUUUUGUUUAAUGUUAUUAUUAGGAAACCGAGUAUUUAAAGUCGUACUCAAUACAGGUACAUUACAUACAGUGCUAUACUAAACUAAAUAUUACAAUGGUUUCACCAAAAAUGUGACAUGAACGGCAUGAAUUUUACACAACUAUGUUAAAAGCAAUCUUAAAAGAGCAGAAGGCAGCUAUCUUCUAUCGCAAGAAAUUAUUAGAUGCAGAUAUUACUACUUA